CGAAGGAACAACACUCAUUUUCCUCCCCUGAAGGAGCGCGUAGUGCUCCUUCGAUUUGUGCCGAAGGCACAACGGGCGUGAGCUCGUUGAUGCAUUGAUGAAGUCAGAGGUAACGUAACAAUCACGUGAUUAGUUCAAGAUCGUGAACGUGAGCUCGCUACUCUUGACUCUGAGCAUGGCAAGUGGUCGUUGCUCUCCUUCUCUAGAAUCACCUGGCCCUCAACCGAUAAGAAGACUCCACGAGUCCCUCAUCAACCUAAUUGCAGCAGGCGAAAUUAUACACAGACUCGCUUCUGCGUUAAAAGAGCUGCUGGAAAAUAGCCUCAACGACGGGUCCACUUCUAUUCAAGUCACCAUGAAGGAUGGCGGUAUGAAGCUGCUUCAGAUUCAGGACAACCGGCUGUGGUAUUCGUAAGACCUACCCUGGCUCGCUGAGCAUUUUACUACCUCCAAAUUGACCACCUUUUCUGACCUCUCCAAGCUGACUACUCACGGGAGGCUCUGGCAUCUAUAUCACACGUCGCGCACCUGACAGUGAUCACGAAGACCAAGUCAAGCAACUGUGCUUGGAGGCUGCUUACGUUUUUGGCGGUCUCGUCCCGUCGAAAGCGAGAUCGGAGACUUCAAUGAAUGUCAUCAUGCAGCACUACAUCCAGAAAGACAUCGCGUGCUCAUUUUUUGGCAUCUUCGAUGUCCACCUACCC